GUUCACUAGGUUGAACUGGCGGGAGACUUGAGAGCUCUUAUUACGGUUUAUACACAUACAGCCAGCUCCUGCUCAGCUGUUAUUUGGAUUUUAUAAACGACAGUCAUAUUUUUAUUAGAUGUAAACGUAUGAUUCAUUGCAUUGACAUUUAGCUAAGUAGUUAAUUUAACGGUAGAUACGGCAUUUCGUUUAGUUUGACUCUUACAGACAGAGCGUUAGCUACGCUAGCUAGCAUCAUAAACAGCGUUUGUUUUGAGAUCAACCCCUACUGAGAUCAGCUGUAGUUAUUUGCCAUGGUUCAGAUAGUCAUCUCAAGUAAGGCUGGGGAAGGUCCUGAUGAAUGGUUGCUGGUGGAGUUACAGGGUGAGAUGUUGUCGAGACAGAACACUGGUCUGGCUGGAAAUCUUAUGGGAGAUCUGCACUACACGAAAGAGGGUGUACCAGUGCUGAUAGUGGGACAUCACAUCCUCUAUGGGAAACAGGUGAAACUGGAGAAACCCUUUGCUGUCCUGAUGAAGCACUCUGGCCUCCCCCAGGAGGGUGAGGUAGCCAUGGAAUGUAGCGAAGAGAAGCCUACCACCUACACUGUUACAGCGCUUAUCAAAAAGAAGCUCAUAUUCAAGACCCGCCCUAAACCUAUCAUUACUAAUGUGCCUAAGAAGGUUUAGCUAAUGGACUGUCAAACUGCACCGUGGGAGGCCUGCUAUAUAAUUCAGCAGCAUGUUAAGCACUUCUGUUUUCACUGACUCUGUUCUGUAAGAUUUAUGUUGAGGUAAAAUGUUGAACAUGCACUGCAGAAGUUGUCUUGGAACAUCAAACAAAAGUACAUGAUCGAGAGAUUGAUUUGCUGAAUGUAGUCAAAUACAGUAUACCUACAGACUAUACAAUUAUAUUUACUGGUGGCAAAAGUCCUCAUUGUGUAUUUGACAAACCAUUACUGUCAAAGUGUAAGUGUUUCAUGUAUGUGUAGGACACGUAGGCAUUUAGUUCACAAAAAAGGUUUAUUUUAAAAAAAAAAAACAUUUGUAAGGUAUAAUAAAGAUAUGCAAAAAUAAACACAGUUGAUGUUGCAAUAGUCAUAUCAAACACUUUAAAAAAAAUCAUUCUUUUACAUAUUUAAAUAUUUACACAAUAAAUUCAUUUGAGGUCAAA